AUGGAACAGGAGACGGCCAGACUGCAGCUCCAAGUAAUGGAAGAGCGGAGAAAGUCAUCGCCACCUGGUACUCCACAUACCCACAGCCAGGAGAAGAACUGGGAAAAGAUGUGUCCCAUUUACAAUGAUACGGAAGAUAUAGAGGAAUUCGUGUCCACCUUUGAGCGCCUUUGCAAUCUGUACCAGAUCCCCGAUGAACAGCGAAUGGCUGUCCUGCUGACCAGACUGACUGGAAAAGCCAAGGAGUGUGGUAUGGGGCGUGUCCCCCCUCUCCAUGCUCCAAUAUUAUCCUCCCUCUUUGUUUCAUGUCGAUAUUCUCCAGAGAAGGCAGGGAAAUGGACCUAUCGCUCCGCGCCCAUCUAUUCGCUCGCCUCGCGCAUGAAGGAGUUUGCGAAUGACCAGACUCCAGGGCCUGCCGCCUACGGGCUCCCCCCAGUGAUCGGGCCCAAGGUCGUCGGCAAGAGCUCUGCCCCAAACUAUUCCCUCCUGGGGCGCAGCUUGCUUGGCAGCUUCUAUGAGGACCUGAGCAAGACGCCAGGGCCCUGUAACUACCGUGUGGUGGAACCCAGCGUGUACAAGACCCGGGCCCCCCAGUACAGCAUGCUUGCCCGCAACAUGCUCCCUGGGGACAACACGCAGAAACCAGGGCCCGGGGCACACAGCCCGGAGAAGUACAUCCAGCAGCGUGGCCAGACCUUUGGGAUCCGCCACUCCGACUACCUGGCGCCCCUUGUCAUAAACAGAUAG